AUGGUGUGUCGCCUCGUUCGUGAUCCUUGCUUCGUCGGUAUCAUUGAAGGCCGCCCAAAACAUUCCAUUUAUAUUUUGGGCAGUCAGAAUACGCUGUUGAUCCAUCUCUAUCCACAACUCCGCCGCCCAAAACAUUCCAUUUAUAUUUUGGGCAGUCAGAAUACGCUGUUGAUCCAUCUCUAUCCUCACUUUACACAGUCCGUUUUGCGGAACGUUGUGGAUUCCGAAGAAUUCAGUGUAAAGAAGUGGCACUCUCUGGUGCCUCGGGACCCUAGUUGCGCUGUUGGCUUCUCUUGCCGGUCUCCAGGAGAUCUCAGCGACCUGCUGGAACGUCUACCGCAAACUUUGUCAAUCCAUACGGCAAAAAAAACGACAAAUCCAGUCAUGGAAAGCCUCAUUGAAAUCAAGGAUGAUGAUGGAUAA